AAAAAAAAAAACAAUACAAUAACUGGCAGGCAGAUUUUUCAAGGUGAUUCCAGCUGAGUUAGGGAGUUGUCCAUAAAUUAUCAUAAUUGUACUGUGGGAGAUAGUAGCUGAAACAUUUAUGCCCUGUGAGACUUAUACAGAUUGGUAUUAUUAUCCUAGGCGACCAUCCUUUGAUAACAGGAAAAUGGCAGAACGGUGUCCAAGAUGUUCAAAUAUGGUGUAUUUUGCAGAGGAAAUAAAGGCUUUGGGAAAGAAAUGGCACAAACUGUGUUUCAAAUGUGGAAACUGUAACAAGCUGUUGGAUAGCACUACAUGCACAGAACAUGACGGAGACGCAUUCUGCAAGUCUUGCUACGGGAAGCUCUUCGGACCCAAGGGCUAUGGAUUUGCCGGAGGAUCCUCCGGUUUAUCUAUGGACACAGGCAACCCCCAUCAGCAAACCCGCAGUAAUGUUUCGCAUUACUCAGAGGCUCAAGGUGCCCCCCUGAUAAACCAGGGCAAACCAAAGUGGGGCGGAACUGACGGUUGCCCCAGGUGUGGAAAAGCGGUCUACUUUGCGGAAGAAGUGAGAGCCCUCGGAAAGAAGUUUCACAAACUCUGCUUAGCUUGUGCCAACUGUAACAAGCUACUUGAUAGCACAACUUGCAACGACCACAACAAUGAGAUUUUCUGCAAGGCCUGCUACACCAAGAACUUUGGACCCAAGGGUUACGGGUUCGCUGGGGGUGCUUCUGGUCUCUCUAUGGACACAGGCCGCCGGCAUGAGGUCACCACUGAAAAUGUUUCUCACCUGGCCCAGGCCCAGGCUGCUCCACUGAUGAAUGGCAGGGGUGGAUCAGGACGAUUUGGGGGUGGGGACCAGUGCCCCAGGUGUGGAAAACAGGUGUACUUUGCGGAAGAAGUCAGGGCUCUGGGAAAGAAGUACCAUAAACUCUGUCUCAGAUGUGCAAGCUGUAACAAAGGACUUGACAGCACCAACUGCACCGACCACCAUGACAAUGUCUACUGCAAGAACUGCCAUGGUAAACUGUUCGGACCAAAAGGAUACGGCUUUGCAGCUGGAGCCUCCGGACUCUCCAUGGACACAGGGAACCCUAACGAAGUGACCAAACAGAAUGUCUCGUCUUACGCUGUGGCUCAGGCGGCACCAUUGCUGGAGCAGGACAACAGGAGGCCGGGUAACUACGGCUCCUCGGACAUGUGUGGCAGAUGUGGCAAAGCGGUGUUCUUUGCAGAGAAGGUCAUGGGAGGAGGUGGUAUAUACCACAAAGCUUGUUUUAACUGCACUGCAUGUGGGAAGAAAUUGGACUCCACUACAGUGACUCAGGCAGAGGGCGAUAUCUUCUGUAAAUCUUGUUAUGGUAAACACUUUGGACCAAAAGGUUUUGGAUUUGGACAAGCUUUGCAACACACUGGUUGAGACGUUUAGACCUUAUUGAGAGGAUAGCAGUCCAUGGACCAAAUUAUAAAUUCAUUUGGUGUGUGCACCUCCAGGCAUGGAGCGUGGAUAUCUGUGUUUGUGUCGCCAUGUUGUGUAUCUGGUGUUGAUGUCAAAAUUUUCCAACUGUUGUUCAACACAGAAUCUGACCUCAGACAAUUUUUUUUUUACCCCAGAGGAUUAUGAGCUGACAUUUAAUCUAAAGAUGCAUUACCAUCAAUUUUUAUUUAAUUUGAUUAACAUAGGUCUGAGUUUACUUGAGUACAUUUUAUAUUAUUGACAAUUUUUUUUUUUGCAAUUUUUCUCUUACAUGUACAUGAAAUAGUUUUAUUUAUUUUAAACAGAUUUUAAUAAUGCUUAUUUUUAGAUAGAUGAUUUGUUUUCUUCUAAUAUCUUGGGUUUUUUUUUAAAUGUUUUCAUUUAUUUUUACACUUGAGGACCACACAUAUAGGAUGCAAUUUUAUUUCAAAUCUUGUUUUAUCAUGGUAUGUUAUCCUUAUAAUUUUUGUUUUAUAGUCACAAACUACAUGUUUCCUCUAAUAAAAUGAAGUAAAAUGAAAUUUGGAUGCUCAUGAAAGGAUUAAAAGGCUGUUAUUGCAGAUUGUAGUCCUAGUUUCACAUAAUGACAAUUAAUGAAAAUAUAUUGGGUACUUGGAUGAGUGGAGAUAUUUAUUUUAGAGUCAUCUUGUGUAUUAGAAGCAGAUGUGUAAUAUAAUUGAAGAGGUUGAGAAUCAUUGACAUCCAAAAUUGUAUUGGCUUAAUUAAAGAGGUUGGUUAAUCAACUAAAUAUCCAUCAUGUCCACUAAAACAUUAAAUAUGAUUUCUAAGCCAUAAAUAUACUUCAGUAAAGGAAAAAACCCAUAUGUUUUGACUAUAAAAUUUGUAUAUUGAGAUUUUCUUUAUGACCUUGUCCAUCCAGCUCUUUUUAAUACAAAUUCAAAUAUAUCUAUCUCAUUUUUUCCCCCCUGUGAUUCAUUCUAAUGUAUUUAUUAGUGUUCGUUCAAUUUUGUGCGUUGUAGAAGAUGUAUAGAUUGAAAACUAGUGCAAUGUACAGAUCAUUGUUGAAGCUUAUAUAAAGCUUCAGGAAAUAUUAUAUUACUUAAAAAAUAAAAUAUUUCAUACCUAUUCAUGAAAGACAGCAUAAAUGUGUUAAUUCAGGAAAACUAGUGAAACAGGACAAAAUCUGUAGCUAUUUUGUAUGCAAUGUUAGUUGUCCAUCAAAGUUUCUUUGUUCAAGCUUGUUAAGUGUUGUUAUGACUGUUUAUAUCAAUUUGAUGUAGCCCCAUCUAAAAUACAGAAGUGAUUUCACUACUUGUACUUGUAUGCCCCCCCCCCCCCCCCCCACACAGUGCCCAGGACAUCAAUCAUUCUACUACAUGUACUAUAGGGUAACCAUUGGAUAUCUACAUGCACUCUGUCAGAAAAUGUAUUUUUUAAAAAUUGUCUUAUCUCCGGGUUUUUUUUUUCUCAUUCCUGGGUGUAGGAAAAGGAUGUUGGUUUUUUUUUUACUCUCUUGUAUUUCUUUUUAAUCAGAAGGGAAAGUGGUCCAUAGGGACAAGAUGUAAUAUUUUAUUUUUUUU